UGAUAAUGAUAUUUCAUAUCACAUCGCGACAUCUCAACUCAUGACUAAUAAUUUCGCGGUUGAUCUUUUCUUCAUCUUCACUCCUCUGUGUUAAAUCUCAAUAACAUUGAUUCAAUAUCAAACUACACAAUUAAGCUUUGGCAUUCAACAAGGGUGAUUCCAAAAUGGGUGUAUUGUCUUGGCCAUCUGAUUCAGAGUUGGAUAAAAUCAGGAAGAUAGUUGCUGAAAUGGCUGGAGUAGCUGUUGAUGUGGUUAGAAUUGUUGUAUCCCCUUACAGGAUUUGCCCUUUGGGAGCUCAUAUUGAUCAUCAGGGUGGAACAGUUUCAGCCAUGACAGUUGAUAAGGGUAUAAUUCUUGGAUUUGUUCCUUCUGGUGAUCCUCAGGUUCUACUAAAGUCUGGACAAUUUAGUGGACAAGUUUCUUUCAGAGUUGACCAAAUUCAGCUUCCAAAGCAUAUUGACAAGUCAAAUGGCAAUACAAUGGAGGAAUGCAAGUGGGGAAGUUAUGCUAAAGGAGCUUUGUAUGCAUUACAACGUGGAAAAAACCAUCUAAAACAAGGUAUCACUGGAUUCAUUUGUGGGACAAAGGGUCUUGAUAGUUCAGGUCUAAGCUCUUCUGCUGCUGUUGGAGUUGCUUAUCUUUUGGCUUUGGAAAGUGCAAAUAAUCUUAGCAUAUCUCCUACAGAAAAUAUUGAGUAUGAUAGGCUAAUUGAGAAUGAAUACUUGGGUCUGAAAAAUGGCAUAUUGGAUCAAUCAGCUAUAUUGCUUUCAAGCUAUGGCUGUUUAACUUUUAUGGAUUGCAAGACUAAAAAACACAAGCUUAUACAUCCACCUAAGCUUGAAAUGGAGAAAAAAUCUGAAACCAAAAUUCCAUACAAGAUUUUAUUAGCUUUUUCAGGGUUAAAACAGGCAUUAACAACUAACCCUGGAUAUAAUCGAAGAGUUUCUGAGUGUAGAGAGGCUGCAAAGAUUCUUCUAAAGGCCUCAGGGAAAGAAGUUGAGCCAAUCUUGUCUAAUGUUGAACAAGAAGAAUAUGAAGCUCAUAAGUCCAAAUUAGAACCAGAUUUAGCUAGAAGAGCAGAACAUUAUUUCUCCGAGAAUAUGCGAGUUAUUAAAGGAUUAGAAGCAUGGGGAUCCGGAAAUUUUGAGGAGUUUGGGAAACUUAUCUCUGCCUCUGGCUUAAGCUCUAUUGAGAAUUAUGAAUGCGGUUGUGAACCGCUAAUUCAACUAUACGAGAUCCUUAUAAGGACACCUGGCGUCUAUGGGGCCCGGUUCAGUGGUGCGGGAUUUCGAGGUUGUUGUGUGGCAUUUGUGAAUGCAGAAUACGCAGAGGAAGCUUCUUUGUUUGUGAAGAAGGAAUACUUGAAGGUUCAACCUCAUCUGGCUUCCUAUCUUAACCAAGAAACAGCUGUUGUGAUAUGUGAUGCAGGAGAUUGUGCCCGAAUCAUCUGACAUGUAAUCAAGAUAUAUAUGAUAUUUUCAUGAAUAAAUUCCACAUGUAUAACAACGUUGAGUGAUUUUGUUUAUUUGAUUCAUUUAUAUUUGAUUUGUAUGUCACAGAUUUGUUAAGAAAUGAAAACUCUAAAAGUCAUGUGC